AGCUUCAGUUGCUCCAAUGCAGUUCUUGGGUAUGCACGGUUAUCGCAGUCUCGCAUUGUUAGGCUGAUAGACGCGUUUUUUGUGGUGAGAAUGUGAAUCGGGCCUAUGGACAACCAUGUCGGGCAUUAUUAAAUAAAUUUUCAUUUAAAUAAUUAUCUAAACAGAGGAAACAGCGGCGCAUUAUUUUCGAGAGAAAGCCGUAUAAAAGUGGAACUGAUAAAAGAAGUUCGCCAACAAAGAUGAGUUCUUGAACAAACUUUGCAACCAUCCUAUGCAAUACACUAAGAGAAGAUGUUCUGAAUUGUUACCGGUAACGAUUAGUUAAUACGUAGAUUUAACGAUGCAACGGUUUGAAAAGGGAAAAGACAACGUAAAUUACGUGCAACGGAGAUUCACGUGAAAAGACGAGAGAAUUUCACCCAAAUUGUUCGCACCUGGAUACUGUUGUCGUUUUUAAAAAGUGCUGGUUUUUGUCAGGCUCAAAAUAUGGACAACUUGUUUUCGUAUGGCUUGUACAACUGCAGUACUAUAAUUCUCAGACGAAACAUCACGAUCUUGUUGAUGUUAAAUCGUAGCGAACUUCUUAAUAUAUUGGAAAACGCUUUGGAUAGUUCUACGGAACAGGAAGUUCUACGUGAUGCUUUUUUAGAUUGUUUCCUUAAUUAUCAAGAGCGGCCGUUUGACUUAUCAUGGUGGCAAAAGCUGUUCUGGUCCCUGAUAUUCGCUGCAAUGCUGUUGGUGGCAACCGGUGGCAACGUCAUCGUCAUAUGGAUCGUACUUGCACAUCAACGGAUGCGCACGGUCACCAACUAUUUUUUAGUUAACCUUUCCGUGGCUGACCUGAUGAUGUCAUUACUUAACUGUGUUUUCAACUUCAUUUUUCUACUGAAUUCUGACUGGCCAUUUGGCGUGGUAUACUGCACUAUCAACAACUUUGUAGCGCAUGUCACGGUCUCUUCAAGUGUCCUCACUCUCGUCACCAUUUCCUUCGAUAGAUAUAUGGCCAUUAUGAGACCUCUGAAACAUCAUAUGUCUCGGAAAAAGACGAUAAUGAUUGUUUUUCUAAUAUGGGUCAUCUCUUCAACUUUGGCUGUACCAUGUUUGUUAUAUUCAACAACAGAGUCUAGAAGGUAUUCGAAUGGCAAGACUAGGAUUUCGUGCUAUCUGGUUUGGCCAGACGGAACUUAUUUGUUCAGCAGAAUGGAAUACUCUUAUAACAUCGUAUUUUUGAGCGUAACGUAUUUAGUACCUAUGGCGUUGAUGGCAAUAUGUUAUACUCUAAUGGGCCGAAAACUCUGGGGCUCAAAAUCCAUAGGAGAGCUAACGUAUUACCAAAAGAAAUCAAUAAAAUCUAAACGGAAGGUUGUGAAGAUGUUUAUCAUCGUAGUUGUGAUAUUCGCCAUCUGUUGGCUACCUUAUCAAGGGUUUUUUUUUUUCCUUUAUCACCACAAGCAUUUGGCGGAAAAUAGCAACAUCCCACACGUUUAUUUAAGUUUCUAUUGGCUCGCCAUGUCAAAUGCCAUGGUAAAUCCUAUCAUAUACUACUGGAUGAACAAUAGGUUUCGGCUCUAUUUCCAACUAAUAAUAUGCAAACGUACAAACUGCGACGAUUCUCCAAUGCAUGACUUUGUAAAGCGAACAGAUGUGAUAACUUGUAACUCAAGUCGUCCUAAAUCCACUUCGAUACGUUGGAAGCAUAACAUGGCAAAGACACAGAUGCAAAAUAUACGAAUGCGAUCUAUAUGUAUAAACGAUCACAAACAAGACACAACUACCGUCUGAUAAAUAAUAUGUGAAUAACAUAAUAAACAAAUUUUGUUUGUGAAUAGUAAAAUCUUGUGAUGAUUGUAAGUAUCGUAAUAAAUGUUAACUUAUUAUAA